CAUCUUUUGCUUAAACGUCAAACUCCUAACCCUUCGGAUAUCAUGUCAUUUUCUCACUAAUAUUCAAUAUUUUUUUAAUUCUAAAAAAAUAAGGUACUUCAUUUUGAGUAAAUAUGAAACGCGGACUGUAUCAAAUAUCUAAUUUACUGUAACUAACUACUUGAACAGAAUUUUGGAAUGUUGCGUUUUACGGUUUCAAAAAUUCUAAAUGGGGCCAAAGCGAGUCCCAAACACGUAUUUGUUGCUACAAGAUGUCAAAGUGGAGAAGCGAAAAAACCAGAAAAAAUUGAGGUAUUUAUAGAUGAUAAUCCGGUGUUGGUUGAACCUGGAACGACGGUACUUCAAGCAGCUGCAAUGAUUGGUAUUGAAAUACCAAGAUUUUGUUACCACGAACGAUUAGCAGUAGCUGGAAAUUGUAGAAUGUGUCUAGUUGAAGUGGAAAAAUCUCCAAAACCCGUUGCAGCUUGUGCAAUGCCUGUUAUGAAAGGUUGGAGGAUUAAAACUGAUUCAGAAAUGACACGUAAAGCAAGAGAAGGCAUUAUGGAAUUUUUGUUAGUUAAUCAUCCUUUAGAUUGUCCUAUUUGUGAUCAAGGGGGUGAAUGUGAUUUACAAGAUCAGAGUAUGGCGUUUGGGUCUGAUAGAUCCAGGUUUACUGAUAUUGAUUUUUCUGGUAAAAGGGCAGUCGAAGAUAAAGAUAUUGGUCCAUUAGUUAAAACAAUUAUGACAAGGUGUAUACAUUGUACCAGAUGUAUAAGAUUUGCUUCUGAAAUAGCCGGAGUCGAUGAUUUAGGUACUACUGGCAGAGGUAAUGAUAUGCAAGUUGGUACUUAUAUAGAAAAACUAUUCAUGUCUGAGCUUUCUGGUAAUAUCAUCGAUUUGUGCCCCGUUGGAGCUCUGACUAGCAAGCCUUACAGUUUCACUGCAAGGCCUUGGGAAAUACGUAAAGUUGAUUCUAUAGAUGUACAUGAUGCUUUAGGUUCAAAUAUUAUUGUUUCCACUAGAACUGGCGAAGUUAUGCGGAUUAUGCCAAGAGUAAAUGAAGAAAUUAAUGAGGAAUGGUUGGCAGAUAAAUCAAGAUUUUCGUAUGAUGGAUUGAAAAGACAAAGAUUGGUGACUCCUAUGAUAAGGGAUAACCAAGGAGAGUUAAAACCAGUGGAUUGGGAAAUGGCUUUGUUAACUAUUUGCAAAGUUAUAAAACAAGCAGGUAACAAAAUUGGAGCUAUUGCUGGUGGGUUUGCCGAUGCUGAAGCAUUGGUAGCUCUAAAAGAUCUCUUAAAUAGACUUGGAUCAGAAAAUCUAUGUACUGAACAUACUUUCCCAAUGGACGGAUCUGGUACUGAUCUCAGAUCAAGUUAUUUGUUGAACAAUAAAAUAGUUGGAGCUGAAGAAGCCGAUUUGGUGUUAUUGAUUGGUACUAAUCCAAGAUUCGAAGCACCUUUGUUAAAUGCUAGGCUCAGGAAAGGAUUUAUUCACAAUGAUUUGAAUGUAGCUUCAAUUGGACCUAAAAUCGACCUAACAUUUGAACACGAAGAUUUGGGUACGGAUCCCAAUGUUUUACAAAAUAUUGUCAAUGGGCAGCAUCCGUUUAGUAAAAAAUUGCAAGCUGCUAAGAAACCUCUAAUUAUCAUUGGUUCCGAAUCAUUGGAAAGGAAAGACGGUGCUGCUAUACUUUCAGCUGCACAAACUCUAGCUGCCAAAACAGCGAUUGAAAAUAAAGAAUGGAAAGUUUUGAAUGUUUUACAUAAAGUAGCCAGUCAGGUUGCAGCUUUAGAUAUUGGAUAUACUCCAGGUGUUGAUAAGAUCAGAGACGGAGAUAUUCAAGUACUAUUUUUAUUAGGAGCUGAUAACGGUGCAAUAGACAAAUCAGAUUUGCCCAGAGACUGCUUCAUUAUAUACCAAGGUCACCAUGGUGACCAAGGAGCGACUAUAGCUGAUGCCAUACUACCCGGAGCUGCAUAUACCGAAAAACAAGCUACUUACGUAAAUACUGAAGGUAGAGCCCAACAGACUUUAGUAGCUGUAACUCCACCUGGUAGAGCUAGAGAAGAUUGGAAAAUUAUCAGGGCUUUAUCUGAGAUUUUGGGAGUUAAAUUACCUUAUGAUAAUUUGAAUGAAAUUAGAGAUAGGUUAGAAGAAGUGGCACCGCAUCUUACGAGAUACGGUCAUGUAGAAGGGGCCAAUUAUUUCAGUCAAGCCACUCAAUUAGCGAAGAAUACUAAAACUACAUUUGAUCAAGAAUCACCUUUAGACGUAAAAAUUAAAGAACUUCAAGAUUAUUAUAUGACAGAUUCGAUCAGCAGGGCAUCCCCAACAAUGGCUAAAUGUGUUCAGGCUGUGCUGAAGCAAAAGCAGUCCAGUUGUGGUAAAUAGAUUGGAAAGUUGACAACAUUCUUUAUUAGAUAAAUCUACUGAGCAGUUUCAUUCAUCAAAACUCAAUACUAAAGCAUCUCGUUUAAAUCGCAUAAACUACAUUUUUAAAAACUUUUUUUUAUAGGUGAUCAUUUCAAUAAAAAUAAUCAUUAGACAGGUGUAGUAUUGUAUCUGUUCCAACUGAGUAUUCUAAUGUUUAUUUAAGUAAAAUAUGUAAAUAAAAUGUUAAUAAAAA